AUGAAUCUGUUGGCAGCCACUUUGCUCGCAUUUUCACGAUUGAUGGAGGUACUACGCUUUGCCGAAGUGGUGGCCUGGGUUGAAGAGGUCCUUUGCUACCUUGAAGCUGCCUUUGUGUGGAACCCAACCCUCGUCCUCGAUGCUGCCGUCAAUCUUUUGAGAGCUUUAUUCGGUACUAACCUGACGAGCGUCUGGAAUCCUGAAUUAGCAGACAAAUUCCGCUCCGUUUUGGACCCUAAGACAUCGACAAUGACUGGCGCUGAUGGCCUGGACGUCCAAAUCCGACACCUCUGUGAGGCACACUUCGAAAUCGCGGAAAAGUUCUGCUCCUUCAAUACUAUUGGCCGAUCAUUUUUGGACUGGUUGUACGCCGCGCGUCAAUUUAAUCAGCCAGCUAUGCUUCGUCCCUCCUCUCUACCCUCUAAUAUUCAACAGCCCAAUCUAGCCUACUACAUCCGAUUGUUUGAACCACUGGUGCUUCAAUGUCUGCAUGAAUAUCACCUUCGCAUCGACGCGGCGGUUCAAGCGAAAAUUCUUCACGUUUUGACGGUCCUAAUCGAACUUGGAGUCAACUAUUCCCAGUUGGAUGAGGAAUUCCGCUUCCUCAAAACCGUGAUGGCUCAAUGCGAGUCAAUGCAACACGACAAUGCCACAGCCUCCUACAACCACAAAACGUCGUCCAAAGAAGUCACUCAGUUGGUGUCCAACAUGUUCCAGUUCUUCGUUGCUCUCACUCAUGAGAAAAAAAUCAGUCUUGGCACCACUUCUGAUGCAAAAACUGUGCUUUCACUGUCUGAGGUAGUACACUUAGCGGGGGUGCUUGCGGCUGGAGGCGUGGAUGUGGAUUCCUUUGUUGUUCCUGCUCUUGCUCCGCUGAUAAUCGAUGUCUAUGUGGUUCGGGGCGUCCAACAUCGCUCCGCUCUUCGUGUCAAGUGGCAAAAUUCACAACAGCAACGUCUUAUUGACUUGAAAGAUCAACUAUUUAAGGAUCUGCGCGACUGGAACGCACACCGAGAGCAUCUAUUGGGGUUUCUGAUGCCCAAAUUUAUCGGGCAUUCAAGGAUUUUUGACUUUCUGUGUGUAAUUUUGGAGGAUGCCUCCUUGACGGAUGCUGUUUUGAAGGUGCCGUUUGAUGCUGGAAGUGAUUCAACGGCAAACAAAACUGCAACUGAGAUCUGUCGACACUUUCUAUCGGCCCUGGCCGACUGUCGUCUUACCAUAGACACCUGUGGAGACGUAGAAGCCUGCCUUCGCCUUAUUAAACGUCUAGCCUUACCACCAUGGCCCACUGCAGUCAUCCAUGACUUCCUCCUUCGCCAACUCAUCCCCAUCCUCUUUCAUCGACCUGCUCAAGGCUUCCUCUUCAAAGAGUCGUUGGAGCAAUUCCAUCGUUGGAUAGCGUGCAAGUUCGUGUGUCUUCGUUUUCUCCUCCUCCUCGCCAUAAAACAACCCUCGACACUUCUGCCCGCCCUUCGUGAGUUUGUUGCCUGUGGUGAGGCAGAUCCACGGACUGUUCUAUUUGGGCAUUUACUGGAUCUUUUGGAGACUACUUGCGAGGCUCUUCUUGCUUAUCUACCGGAUUUCGUGGACGAGGUCAUCUCGAAUUCCUCAUCACCAUCAACGGGAGAAUCCUACCUUGCCUUCAUUGGACGACUGUUACUGGCUCUUGAACUGGAAAUCCUAACCUUUGGUCGCCUGCACGCUCUCUCAUCGAGUAAAAUACCACAAGAAAAGGUGGAACGUCUGGACGAGUUGCUGAUGAUCUACGGUCGUCUAAAACCCCUUCCUCUAAUCCUCUGGCAUCAAAUUCGUAUCGAGUUAUUCCGCAACCUUAGCAGAAACUAUCUCCACACCGCACCAUACCAUCGCAAUAGCGUAUGCUUCCGUAGGACUGUGUUCUUGCUUAACUUUCGAAGCAAGCAAGACGAGCCAACGGGUGACCUCAACUUUUCGCCUGCUGCUGAUCUGUUGAGCCUUUUGAAGACCUCCGAGGUGCAUGGAAUGAUUGCUUCCGUCAAAGGCGUUGAGAAACGCUUGGUGCUCCUUAAGGAGGUCCUUUCUACUCUUAUCACUGGAGUUAACGACGCUAAGACCCCUAUCGAAGCUGUCGCACUGCUUGAAGACUUAAAAAAGUUGACGCAAGAGCUCUCAGGUUUGAUUGCUCAUAAAAGUGACAGAAAAUCUGUCCUGUUGUCACUGCUUCUCCCAAUCGAGAAGUGGUUUUCUCCAACUUCUCAAUGCCUUAUUUUUAAAUUGCCUGCCAUUCGAAGGGAGAUGGAACUUCUUCUAGCCACUUGCCUUCGUGAAAUCGACAAAUCCAAGAUGGACGAAAUUCCAGAGACCCUAGCCACAUUCCUUGCCUCCCUCGAUCUCCCUACCACUACCUUCUUCACUCGUGAACUUCCUGAUGCUCUAACCGACUUGCGUCAUCGUUUUUCGCAAGCUGUUGAGGGCGAGGCGACAGCCUCCAACCGGGAGGGUCACUUCGUGGAGAGUCUAAUCGAAGCUGCCCUGCAGAAAUCCUUGCGUGUCUCCACGAAAGAUGCUGGCCUGUUGGCAGCUAAACUCCUUCAACUGAGGCGCUCCAAGGGAGGCGCCAAUCUUCCUGAAGCGGUGCCUCCAAGACUUCUUCAGCACAUCGUUCGACUGGGUUUUGUGGAAACGAUGAAGCGAUUCAAUAACGACGAUGUGGGGACCUUUGGGACCGAUCCAUUGUGGCAGCUGGGGAAGGAACUUCUCUUCAAGAGACUCUCCACCUUCUCCCAGAGAGCCGAUGGAAAAGAGAGUUCUCUGGACCUGUCACAGCGUCAACUGGCAGGACUUGCAGCAGCUACAACUGAUUUUCUUCUCCUCUCCACCCGCCUCCCGCUGCCUUCUGCCUGUUCGAAGGACGAAAUCAACUCAAUUUCUGCCUUCCUUUGUUAUUUAAUGCAGAAUUUCAUCCAUUUGACGAGUGAAAUCAAGUUCCCGUGGCCUUGUCUUCUGAGCCUUCCACUUUUGACACUUCGAUUAUCAGUCGUGCUGUCAGCCUCAAGUGAUUCGAAAGAUCUGGAUUCGGGGAAAAUCCCACUGGAGACCUUUGUCCAAUUUGCGGAAGCUCUGGAUGUUUCAGCCUCUCUUUCGCGUCCUGCCACCCUCAUGGACUCGCAUCCCUCCGUUGAAGUCAACGAUGACGACACACGUCUAGAUCACCUUAUCUCACGUCUCCGUUGUCUCCUGGUGCCUCGACAACCAGGUAUCUUCCGUUUCACAACCUCCGCCCACACCUUGACGCGUUUUACUGAGGUGCUGAAUAGCUUUGCCGCGAACGCGGGUACCACUGGCGGUGUUGUUGGUGGUGUCGGUGCAGGUGACAAAAGCAGGGUGGCGCUUGCCAGCGUCAUGGGCUUGUGUCGACUCUCGCCUGCUGGUCUUCGUUACGCCCACGCCCUAGGAAUGGACAGUACAGACAUUGCUGGACAGUUUUCUGCUUUCCUGAUUGCUCUCUGUCGCCGUCCCGAGGUGAUGUUGCGGCUCCGUCAGCCUAGCGCCUUCACCCAUCUCGCCAUGGGAGACACCGCCACCAACGAUACUGGUGGUGGGGAUGGUUGUGAUAGCGACACGAAUGGUCACCAAUGGAACCCCGACCGUGUGAUUGAGAUGGAUCGCGACGCUCUGGCCGAGGCCUCCUCGUGGUUCCUUUCACUAGGCUGGCUCAAUCGCUCCAUGUUUGAGUCCACCUGGAAUGCUCUACUGGCAGUUUGCACUCCACCACCACCGCCGCCACCGUCUCCAUCUUCAUCGUUGGAUGUGGAGAUGGAGGAGAAUCCAUUUGUGAACAGCAAGGAGGAACUGGUAGAAAUAAAUCACUGUCGCGUUCUGGGUCUUAAUGCUCUAACUCGUCUUCUUCUCAACGCCGCGCAUCGUCCACGACCCGGAGAUCCGUUGAACAGCUCACCACUGCAUCAACCGCGUCUUUCCCUGCCUCCACAAUUCAUGCACACUCGACUCGGCAGGAGAAUUGGUUACGUGUUGAGCCGCCUGGAUCAGGAAGCAAGGACAUGGUUCUAUGACAUUCCCUCGACCAACGCAGUGAUUGGUUCCGAUGCUGGCAAAUCGGAGGAAUGCCUGUCCUGGCUCUCCACCAACUUGGAUCUUGAGCAUCCAGCAGACUUGGACUCGGCUGCUAACCAAGUUCCGAUCGAGUGCUUGGUGAAGUGGAUGCUUCAUUCACUUAGUGAACCAGUGGGCUUCGAAGCAGACACUAUCUUCUCCUGCCUCCAGUCUCUGCGUUUGGUUCACCACGCAUGGCUUCGUCCCCUUGAAGAGCGUCUUCUCAACCGAGCUCGCGGUUUGGGUGAAGCAGGCAGCACCGCUUCAACAUCUUCACAGCGAAAAAAGUUCGUCCAAUUCUUUAAACGUGGUGUUCGAUCUUCGUCUUCUCUUGAUUCUACUCCUCAUCCUCCACUGGCUUUCGGCGAGUCCAUCCUUCUCACUGGGGUUCUAUCCAGCGGGGAUAAAGCGUUUACAGAGUCCUCAACAGAGGUGGAAAGCGUCGAUGAGUCGCUGUUGACAGUUCCAGAGAUUGUGGCUCCCUCAGAUCAGCUGGUACCGUCUCUAUCAGUUCUCACUGCAGUGGUCAAAUCUGCGGUCCUUUGUAGCGAUCUCUUUACCACUAGGGAGCAGUUUCUCUGGCUCGUUGGUUGCCUGCAAGCCGUUUACCAGAACCUGCCACGCAUUGAAGAGGGCUUUGAGGCACCAAUCUACAUUUGGCUCACCACGGGACUGGCUCGAUGCACCGCUGUGCUGGAGGCCACGAUGCUGCCUGGGACGGAGUUUGGUGCGAUCCCUCCGACAGCACCGACUACGGAGGCAGAGGAGAGGACGGACGAAGCAGCGACAGUAGCCCCACAGCAGCAUCACUCGGCGCCCAUUCUCUUGACCGCGAACCUGCAGGCCGCGGUGUCGGUGGCAACCGCGGCAAUGGGGUCGACAGCCGCGGUGCCACUGCAGGAUGCAGGUCUUCGCGCCGCAAUGGAUCUACUUCAAGCUGCUCUUCUGCUUCGCGCAACGCGACAUCCUGCGCUACAGCAGCCAACGCUGCUAGCGAAUCCACCAACUGGUUCGCCGCUACUCAACUCUUUGUUGAUACAGGUCUGUCUCUACCUGGACAGUCGGCUAGAUAAUCUCUUUGAGUCCGAGGCCACACUGGAGAAACGCUGGUCAACUACAAAAGACAGUGGCUUUGCUUCUCUGCGAAUUGCUGGCAGCGGUGGCAGCAGUAGUGUCGCUAAAAUCACCGCCGGGCUUGUCCGAACCGCCUCCACUUCCGGUCGCGGCGUCAAUUCUGCUCUAAACCGGGCAGCCGAUAUCCCCUUCAAACCGCGUCCACCAACUGAAUGGGCGGCGGAAUGCACUGCAUCGCAUCAGUGUACCGUCCUCGCCACUGCCUUCUACAUCGUCGAGCAGUUCUCUCCGCUGGUAACAAAUGAGUCGACUGCUCUUAGUCGACUGAUUCCCCGACUCAUCAAUCACCUUGUCAGGCUGGCUAACGCAAUGCUACGAGACACUUCGCCUGUCUUCACACCGCCAAUGCGUCUGGCUGAGGUGUUCAAAAAUCAUUUCGCAGACACCCAAGCAACCCUAGUGUGCGCGGAUUCGGUUGUGGUGGCGUGGACUUGUGGAAUACAGCGACUACUUCUAAGUGGAGUACUUCGGAGGGAGGAAUGCGAGGUGUUGGCCAAGCAGGCAGCGGAACGCCUAUCCUGCGCCAAUUCCACGCGUCUUCGUCUACUAGCUCUUAGUCUUCUCACCACCACUCUCUACGUCCUCAACGCCGAUUUCCUCUUGCGUGCAUCCCCAGAUCGUAGCGUCAGUGCCAAUGGUGACGGCGGGAUUAGGUCUUCUCUGGAUCAACCUUCAACGGACGUGUUGUUGAGCACCUCCACGGAGUACCUAACCAGUCUCUGGCAGUGCCUUCGUGGGCUCGGCAGCCCUACCAAUCGUCCACCUCCCAUUGGUUCACACACCUCUCCUCUCGAGGCGCGUUGCAUCUCCCUAAGUCUGAGCAGUUUUCUGGAAGACCUUGGCAGAUGCCUUCUAGCUGCCGCAUCCUCCCCUUCUCCCUCUUUCUCCACCAUUCUGGGAGGUCUUGUGAACAAAGCGGUGGCGGAGGUGGCGCGUACAGACCAGGCCUACAUCCGUCUGGCCACUGCAGUGCUUCGUGCAGCUGUGGUGACCGUUUUUGGUGUCCAGAGGGGAGCUAAAGUGGCUCGAGAGUGGGUGCUUUUGACACUCCCCUCCAUUCUCCACCAGACGUCGCCGAGAGCUCUUCGUUGUCACGGUUAUUGGGUGGCGGCUGUGUGCACUCUGUUGCUCGAAUGUGGCACGGAGUUGAAUUGUGAGACAAUACAUUCCAUAUUAGCCAUCAGUCUAGCCCACCUUCCUUCACCUGAGUGGUUCCAGUGGGAGGAAAGGGAUGAAGAGAAGCAGUGUCUGGAUCUGCUUCGCGCUGCAUCAUUCCUCCUCCCGCCAUCGUCUUCAUCAAGCACUGAAGAUGGUGGAUUCAGAGAUCACUUUCUCGAUAUUCUCCGCACCGCUGCUGCUGCCCCCAACUCUUUGGAACCCGGUGCAACUGCGGACGGUCUGGCAGGCAUCUGCGAGGCGAUGGAUAAGAUCUAG